CGUUCCUGCGUUUGGCGAGUCCCCAGACUAUUUACCCCCUUUAGCAAGGCGACAGAAUCCUGCAGCCACCUGAAUUAUCAGGCAUUGUAUUACGGCUCAGCCUCAUAAGUUAUCUGGACGCUGCAUUAAAUAUUUGACUUUCCCCGCUGCGAAGCUGAAUUUCUCUCUCGCCGGCUUCGGUAUUUUUCAGCAAAAGACAGUGACAGAACUCAACAACUGAUCAUUUUACCUUGGUCUACUUAACUUCCUAUCAUGUCAGAUUUCGACCCUCCCUACGGCUACGCUCUCCGCCGUAACGGCUCCUGUCUCAGCACCGAGCAGAACUGCGGCAAAACCUGGGAUCCCUGGUACCGAUGCUGUCCCUCAGCUACCUCCUGCGAAGAUGACUGUUGCCCGAAGGGCGUAGACUGCGGGCAACGACUCGGACAAGACCCCCAUUGUGCUAACGACACCGCUACGCUCUAUCGAGCCAAGGGUAGCGAAGACAACAGUCCGGCAUCGGGUUAUUUCUGCUGUGUUGAUGGCACGAAGGCGUUCCAGGAUGAUCGGACUUGGGUGGGAUGUGCGGAUUCGUGGGAGUCAUUUAACGCGAAUGAUUCGUAUACGGCGCCGUUGUCUAUUAGUGCGCCUACCUCAACUAGCACGAGUGUCACGAUUUCAUCAACGUCAGCAUCCACGGCCACGGCUACAUCCACAUCCGACUCAGACUCAUCAACUUCAUCCUCUUCUUCUACCAAUACCGGCGCCAUCGCUGGCGGUGUCGUUGGGGGUGUAGUUGGAGCUGCACUGAUACUUGCGCUUCUAUGGUUUUUCAUCCAUCGUCGUCGGAAGGCGACGGCGGCGGCAGCAGCAGCAGCAGCAGCACAAACGGCACCUGGACCACAUAUGACCGGAGAUAUGGGAUAUAUUCCCUGGGCACAGGCCCCGCAGCAAAGGAUACAGGAGUUGGAGGAUACCAAGCAGCCGCAGCCGCCGCUGCCGGUGCAGGAGCUCGAGGAUAAUUCUGAGCACCAGGUUCAUGAGUUACCGGCUAGUCAUCGGUGAUUAUGGGGAGUGUCUUGGUUUUGUUGUUGAUAUCAUUUGAAAAAGACAUUGAAAAUGACGGGAUGGAGUAUAUGGAGUUAUGAUGGGUUAUGGGCUCUAGGUGGAUAGUUUGGGAUGAUUUAGCCAGAUUGUUUAUCAAGAGAGUUUACUGUAAGUAAUAGAAAUAUCACCAACUACCUUAAUUGUCGAUAUAUAAUACCAGCGGCCUCCAUCUCACGGCUCA